UGCACGGACUUCAGCAGUCAACUUCACUAGCUCCUAUUCACCGGUCCAGGAUGGCAGAGCUAGGAGUGUUUGCUGCAAGGAGACGAGACGAUACAACCAGAGAAUCAGGCUUCGCCUACACCAACAGCAAUCAUACCAAAGAUCCUUUUGAGGGCCCCAACUACCACAUUGCUCCAAGAUGGGUGUACAACAUCUCAACACUCUGGAUGCUCUUUGUGGUCGUCGCCUCAACCUUCACCAACGGCCUGGUACUGGUGGCCACUGCCAAAUUCAAGAAGCUCCAACAUCCUCUCAACUGGAUCCUGGUCAACCUGGCGUUCGCCGACAUUGCGGAGACUCUUUUGGCGAGCACCAUCAGCGUUUGCAACCAGAUGUUUGGCUACUUUAUUCUUGGACACCCAAUGUGUGUCUUUGAGGGAUUCACCGUCGCCACAUGUGGUAUUGCUGGUCUGUGGUCUCUGGCGGUCAUCUCCUGGGAGAGAUGGGUGGUGGUGUGUAAGCCCUUUGGAAAUGUCAAGUUUGAUGCUAAAUGGGCCAUGGGAGGUAUAAUCUUCUCCUGGGUCUGGUCUGCUUUCUGGUGCGCCCCUCCUAUCUUCGGCUGGAGCAGGUACUGGCCUCAUGGACUGAAAACGUCCUGUGGACCUGAUGUGUUCGGCGGUAAUGAGGAUCCUGGGGUCCUGUCAUACAUGAUCGUUCUCAUGAUCACAUGUUGCUUCCUGCCCCUGGGAGUGAUCGUCUUCUGCUACCUGUUUGUGUGGCUGGCCAUCCGUGCCGUUGCCGCGCAGCAGAAAGACUCUGAGUCAACGCAGAAGGCUGAGAAAGAAGUGUCCAGGAUGGUUGUUGUCAUGAUUUUUGCUUACUGUGUGUGCUGGGGACCUUACACAGCCUUUGCCUGCUUUGCUGCGGCUAACCCUGGGUAUGCUUUCCACCCUCUGGCUGCUGCUCUGCCUGCCUACUUUGCCAAAAGCGCCACCAUCUGGAAUCCAGUGAUCUAUGUCUUCAUGAAUAAACAGUUCCGUACGUGCAUCAUGCAGCUCUUUGGCAAGGAAGAAGAAGAUGGCUCGGAGGUGUCUACAUCAAAAACAGAGGUUUCCACCGUGUCACCUGCAUAAACCCCCAGACAACGUUGUACCUCUUGGAAACAAAUGAUGAACGUUCUGAGAUAUUCCACAUGGGACUUUUUCAAAUGUACAGUACAAAUUCUCAGGAGAAUAUUAAGUUUUACGUCAUACAGUUGUAACGUGUUUAAAAAACAUUGCUAUGAAUCACCCCAAGGAGUUUUUAUAAUCCAUGGUCUUUAUAAUAACCAGAGAGUUGUGUGUUGAUAUGCGUACUGUAGCUGUUGCAGUGGCACAUUGUGGGAAUAGGUACAGUCCUAUCAAUGUCUGUUGAAGUGACCCCCCCCCAAAAAAAAAGUAGCCAUCUUGGACUGCAUUCCCUUCACUCUGUAGAGGAUAAACUAGACAGAAUAACAGCUAAGGAGAACUGACAUGAACUGCCAAUGGAAAUCUGAUCCUCACAAAACUACAUGAAUAAUUAAUGUUUCCAAAAUCCUUCACUUUAACUUAUGAGCUAAACAUUUUGUAGCCCACUUGCAAAUAAACAAAAUUAUUUAAAAAUUAUAAUGAUAUUAAAUAGAUAAUUGUGUAUACAAUGUAUUUAACAAUGUUUUUGUAGCCCUUCUUGCAAAUACAAAAUGUAAAAAAAAUAAAUGCAUGAAAUGCAUGAAAUGAAAAUAUGGUCUAACUUU